AUGUAUACUCUGUCGUGUGAAAGCAACAUUACAGUACUAGAUCUACAUUAUUACGGUAAAUACUACGUACAGGCAAUCAACUACACUACCCAAACAAUCCGACUUCUAGAUCCUGGCCUUGAGAACAACAAUUGCUCUUCCAUGCCUCGAAAUUUUCCGUUCGGCACUUAUCCAGUAAGAGAGCCAUAUGGUUGGAAUGGUCCCACGGGUAUACUUGCUACACCAAUAUUUUACUUGAGGUGUAGAAACCCAGUUAAUUCUUCUCUGUACAUCGAUGCUGCUCCAUGCUUAAAUAAUAGUGCCACUUCUUUGAUCCAACCAAAAUCUUAUAGUUAUGUCAAGGUUGGCCCAAGCCGUAUGGAAGUAGGGGAUUUGAAUGAGGGUUGCAGUGCCGAGUGGUUGACUUUCAUGUCCUUGGACUACUCUAAGAAGUACUACAAUGCCUCUUAUGAAUAUAUACACAGUGCACUCAUGUAUGGCUUUGAGCUUCGUGUAUAUCUGCCCGCAGAUAUAGCCUGCAGCGGCGCAUAUUUGGCUCAGACUCCGUAUCUUAAAUGUUUUCCACACACCAUCUCAGGUUAUUCUAUGAGUGAAACCGUGAAUUUUGGAAACUUUCCUCGAUGGUUUCCAUUCCAUUCCAUCGUGAGUGGAUGGGGUAUACUCAUGUCCAUCGGUAAGAAGAGCUUGUAUUACUCUGUGUGCCUAUUUUUUCCAGCAAGACUAUUGUUUGGGGUUCCAGUUGUGACUGCAUUUUUGGUCUAUAAAUGGCGAAGAAGACAUUUGUCAAUGUAUAGUACAAUAGAAGACUUUCUGCAAUCCAAUAACAACUUCUUGCCUAUAAGGUACUCCUACUCAGACAUUAAGAAGAUGACUCGCAAGUUUAAGCAUAAGUUGGGCGAAGGCGGCUAUGGCUCCGUAUUCAAAGGAAAGUUACGCAGUGGCCGUUUUGUAGCAAUUAAAGUUUUAGGCAAGCCCAAAGCUAAUGGCCAAGAUUUCAUUAGUGAAAUUGCCACCAUUGGCAGGAUUCACCAUGUCAAUGUGGUGCAACUUAUUGGUUAUUGUGUCGAGGGAUCAAAACGCGCUCUAGUUUAUGAAUUCAUGGCUAAUGGCUCUCUUGAUAAAUACAUUUACUCCAAAGAGGGAAGUGUCCACUUAAGUAUCGAAAAAAUGUAUGAUAUUUCUCUUGGAGUUGCUCAAGGGAUCGACUAUCUACAUCAAGGUUGCGAAAUGCAAAUUCUCCAUUUCGAUAUCAAGCCUCAUAAUAUUCUUCUUGAUGAGAACUUCAAAGCAAAGGUUUCUGACUUUGGGCUAGCAAAAUUGUAUCCUAUAGACAAUAGCAUUGUCACGUUGACAGCAGCAAGGGGGACGAUGGGAUAUAUUGCUCCUGAAUUGUUCUACAAAAAUAUUGGAGGAGUCUCAUACAAGGCCGAUGUCUAUAGUUUUGGAAUGCUGUUAAUGGAAAUGGCAAGCCGAAGGAAGAAUUUGAAUGCAAUGGUAGAGCAGUCAAGCCAAAUUUACUUUCCGUUGUGGGUACACGAUCAGUAUGUUGUGGGAAAUGACUUGGACAUGGACAAUGUUACAGAGGAGGAAAAGAAAGUAAUAAGAAAGAUGAUUAUAGCAGCCUUGUGGUGUAUUCAGCUGAAACCAAGUGAUCGCCCUACAAUGUCCAAAGUUAUCGAGAUGCUUAGAGGAGAUGUUGAAUGCCUCCAAAUGCCUCUCAGGCCUUCUCUGUAUCCACAAGAGACACCUGUGGAUGUGAGUGAUAUUCAAGACAAAUUGAAUCCAAUAUGUUCUAACAUAGAGCUGACAUGUUCUUUGUCAGGUAGGUGA